GCGUCAGCUGACCGCGGCUCACUGACGAAAACACGUCAAAUCCUCCACCGACCUUCGGUUCUGCCUCCGGUUCUCCUCCCGGUUCUACUGCUGGUUCUACUGCCGGUCCUCCUCCCGGUCCUCCUCCCGGUCCGCUCCGCUCCGCAGACCCAGCAUGGCGAGUCAGUCUCAGGGGAUCCAGCAGCUGCUGCAGGCCGAGAAGAGAGCGGCCGAGAAGGUGGCGGAGGCCCGCAAGCGGAAGAACCGUCGUCUGAAGCAGGCUAAGGAAGAGGCUCAGGCUGAGAUUGAACAGUAUCGUCUGCAAAGAGAGAAAGAAUUCAAGACCAAAGAGGCUGCUGCUCUUGGUUCCCAUGGUAACAGCGCGGUGGAGGUGGACCGCGACACGGCCGAGCGGAUGGGCCGCAUCCAGGCCAGUUACCGUGGUAACCGUGAGACGGUGCUGGGCGAGCUGCUGCGCCGCGUCUGCGACAUCCAGCCCGAGUUCCACGCCAACUACCGCGUGGCCGGCUGAGGGGGCGGGGCCUGGAGCAGCUGUGGGCGGAGUCUGCGCCUCCUUCCUCAUUCCUGUUGGUGUUACUGUGCCGCUGUUGUCUUUCCUUUCCAGCCUCGGCCAAUCAGCCGUCGGCAGGAGGGAGCAGGCGCCUCCUGAUUGGCUGCUCCCUCACAGCCCACUCCUGAUUGGCUGAGGAGCAGAGCGACUUUGUGUUUGUUGUUUGUGACCAUGUGACCAUGUGACCAUGUGACUGAUGAUGAAUCUGAAUAAAUUAAAUCUGAUUGGCUCCA